AUGUCUCAUCUCAAAGCGUUCCGUCAUCAUGAUGGGAACCAAUUUUACCAUCAAAUCAGGCCAUUCUCAUCGUUUGGAGCGUAUCCUUCGCAGUUAUGGUAUAUCGAUGAAUUCGACACCUCUGAGGUCCAGUCCGAUCCAGAAACUGGCUUCAUACCCAGCAUCUCAGGAAACUCAGGAAAGCUGCAAACAUUUGACGAUACUUUGUUGCCACCACAAGAAGAGCGGGCGGACGAGGAAAGCCUUGAGCCCAUCCGGCCAACUUUCAACCAGAAACCUAGGCUAUCACCCUCUCCGAGUGCUGGUGUGGACGGUGUUUGCGACCUACACUGCCUAGGCACCACCACUGAUAGCAGGGAGGACUGUUUCUGUGUUCUUGGCGAUUGCGCGUUCGUUGACACGAGAUACUACGACAAUGCGCCUAGCCCUAUGUUGAUUGAUUCAAGCGACCGAGAAGAUAUUGGUCUUGUCAACUGGGACCAAACAUAUUUCACGGUCGCAUCUGAUGUUACGUUGUCGGACUUUGACAUAUCGUCCCCUCCUGCGGAACAGAGCCCGGUGCAAAGGACUCGAAAGUCUAGGAAAGCACAGAAGAAAAGGCGUGGUGCUAUAAGACAGCCGAAGAUGCGACACGGCCGGAACUCCCGUGUCCGUGUCCUCGGGGUGCAGCUAGGAAGUGAAGAGAAUGUGCAGAGAUUCCAGUGGAGAAAAGGGGUGUGGAAUGUCUCGAAUGGGGGCCAGCGCGAGAGUUUGAGCGAUCUCAUGACUCCUGGAGCUUGGCCGCAUCUUUCUGUCACUGUCCAAGUGGAUGGCAGGUCCAAACCGUUGGAUGUUAGUUGGUGUCACGAGACGUUGAUGUUCCAUGUAGUGAGCACUACAACCGGCGAGGUCACCUACUUAUCCGGAGACCGGGUUCAGGAUAUGGUGGAAGAGGUUGCAACGGGAAGCACAGUUCACUGGGAUCCCUUGUCUUUGGAUCACCAUGUUUGA